CACUCCUCCAACCGGACUUUCCUACCCAGUCUUCCCAGCUGAGGAGGAAAUCAGUCGGUGGCGAAUCACCAGUUUGCAGACAGAGACACCCCACGGAGGAGCUCUUUAGAAUCCUGCGUGUUGAUUUUUUUUUCCUCACUUCGUGGACUCUCCCAAACUUUUUUUUUUUUUUUUGCUGCAGCUUCGGUUGUUUUCCUUUCGGUCCGAGCUGCUCUGCUCCAACGUUUUGAGUCAACAUGUCUCACCACACGACCCAGAAGUUUCACACGUACAAAACGAUGACGUCCGAGCCGGUUGUCCACACGACGCAGAAGAUUCACACGUACAAAACGUUGACAUCUGAGCCGGUGGCCACGCAGGUGUUCUCGACCAGGUCGAUGUCACCGGCGUCUCCGCUCCCACAGGUCUCUCCGGUGUCUCCGGUUUCACCGAUACAGUUGUCUUCGGUCUCUAAUGUGACUACGCUGCCGGUUACCGCGAUGAACGGCUCCUACGGGACAAUGCGGUACCUGGUUCCGGUGCAGCAGGCCAUGCCCCAGCAGAACUACGUGUUCAUGCAGCAGCCCAUGAUGCAGCAGCCCGUGUUGCAGCAGGCCGUGGUGCAGCCCAUGGUGCAGCCGAUGGUGCAGCCCAUGGUGCAGCCGAUGUACCUGCAGACUCUGCCCCGUGUGAGCAACAGCAGCAACCAUGCGACUGAAAUUAUCUACCAGCAGCAGCAGCAACAGAAUUUUAUUACUGAGACGGACGCUCAAAGCAGCCAUUCAGUGUUCAGCCAGCCGUCCAGUCCCAACAAGAGCGAGGCAAGCAUGCUGGAGGUGGAGCAGGAGGAGGACGACGUGAAAGUCGAAUUGGAAGUGACCGAGGACGUGGAGGAAGAGGAUUACCAGUCUGGUUCUGCAGUGGUUGAAGAAGUGGAGAUUGUCAACAUCAUUCAGCAGAAAGCCCCGUCGGUGAAGCAGAAAUUCUCCAUGUCAGAGCAGAGAGAGACGCCGGAGCCAACGAAGCUGGACACGCGUUACUUUGGCGAACUGCUGGCAGAUGUCUACAGGAAGAACUGUGAUAUCCACUCCUACAUCUACGAUAACGUGUCCAAGAUCAGUGGACAGAAACACACUCUGAAUCUCUCCAGUGACCUAAAGGGGGAGAAACAGGAGGUGGAGUCUCUGAUUCCGAAAGGAGCCAAUGAACUGACCAAGCAGCAGAUGCGCUACCUGCUGGAGACUCGUUUCACUGCAGAGAAGAGCAUGCGUCUGCUGCUCUCCACCUUCAGCAGCCUGAGAGAGGAGCUGAUGCAGAUGUCUGAGGACAUGCGGCGUCUGGAAAGUGAGAAGGAGUCUUUGGAAAGAGAUCUGGCUUUCAAAGCGGACCAGGCUCUGCAGUAUGAAUCCCUCAUAGAGAACGUCAGAGAGAGCAACAACAAGCUGCAGCUGUCCCUGAAGGAAGCCCAGGCCUCCCAGCGUUCCCUGGAGAGUCAGCUCUCCACUUGCCGAAGCAGCGACUCGGUCGGCAACUUCAAGAUCAAAGAGCUGGAGGGAAGAAUGAGAGGACUGGAGAAGGAGAACGAGAUGCUCAAACAGAGGCUGGCCGGACAAUCCAGCAACGGCAACCUGCACCUCAAAACAGAGGCGCUGGCGCAGCACUACAAGCAGGAGCUGGAGACCCUGAAAACGGAAAGAGACAUAGAGAUAGAGAAACUGAGGUCUCAGAUAUCGAAGUUGCAGAUGCAGAUCACCACAACCACCACCACUACCACCAAAUCCUCGUCCGCAGAGAGCUCUCUCCAGCUGAAGAUCUCAGAGCUGCUGUCCAGGUUGGAGCAGCGGGAGAUCACCAUCAAGCAAAAAGAGGAGGAGAUCAGAAGACUGUUGAUGGAGAGGAAUGACAGCUCCAAGAACGUCACCAAGACAAUUAUCACCAAGAGGUACAGGAACCAGUACCCGAUCCUUGGUCUGCUUAGCGACGACUACCAGGCCACUUCACCUGUUAAAGAGGCCAAAACCAUCGUCAUCGAGAGAACCGGAGAGAUGAUCAAACAGGAAAUCAUUACUACUCCUUAAAGACACACUGCUUCUCUCCGACAGGAAUGAUUGAACGUGGAGAAGACCAUGACGUCACCCCUCCUCCCCCCUGUGCAUGCUCCUCCCCCUCCCCUCAGGCCUCCCAGGAUUGGUGGUGGUUGAAACCCCCCUUCUUCCUCCUGCACCACUAAGAUCUGGUUCUGUGAUUCAGUCAAAUCCAGUUUGGUUGGGGUUAAAAUCUAGUUGGGCUUUCUUUGGCUUCUAUUAUGUUUUAUUUUCAACUUUUACUUAUGUAAAAGUUGCAUAAUGCCACUACAAAUAUCCAUUGACCCAGGUUUGGUAAAAUAAAAAAUAAAAAAAAGCAUAACGGCUGGGAACUGGAUGACAUUUGGUUUGGAAUCUCUAAUCAAAAAGAAAAUAAAAAGUAAGACGAAUUUAACUCUGCAAGCAGUUUUUAUGUCAGGACUUACUUUUUGAAUUUUACUACCAAAUAAAUAAGAGUUGCAACAAUUAACAAUUAAUCAAUGCAUAAUGAGAAAUGUUCCACUUUUGGGUUGUUUGGUCAGUCGCCUGAUGAAUAAUAAUAAUAAUAAUAAUAAUAAUAACAAUAAAAUCUGAUUUGAUACUUUUAGCUUGCAUAAUAUCUUUGAUGUGGUGGUUUUACUAAAUGAAGAAGAAAGUAUUAAAUUUAGAAGGUGUUUAAAGAAAGUGAAUGAAAUAGAAUUUUGCAUUGAUAAUAUAAAUGCAUUUGCUGGUUGAUGCUUAGCAACCAAUUUUAAGUCCAACUGUUUUUUGACUGGAAUAACUUUUAGAAAGGAACUAGUUCAGUGCUUUUUCACCUCAGUGUCUUUAGGGUGUACAGAAAGGAGCCUUGCCACACUUAGAAAUAAUCAUCUAAAAGGAGAAAAAAUACUUCAAUCAUUUAAUAAAGAAAUAUUUAAUUUAAUUUUCAUCUAAAAAAAUUUAAAAAACAGUUGGACUCCCAUUGGCACAUUUUGAAGGCAGUGAACAAAAAUAUCCAGAGCUCUGGAUUUUCUGCUCUUAGGUUUAGGAAGUGAAAACAUUAAUGUUACUUUGGAUGUAGAGAUUCUGUUGCUGUGUAAUUGGAAAUUCUUACAGUCUGCAUGCUGCAUAAAUUUGAACAAAACUCUAGGAGGGUGUUUUGGGGUGAAGAUAACACUAAAACUUUGUGGCUACAUUCAGGCUGAUUGACAAAAUUCAUCCAUAUGGUGAAAAGGAGAAGGAUUAUCUUUAACUGGUCAGUGCUGAGAAGAAAACAUUAUUUUUGUUCUGUAGCAUAGAAUCAACUGUGGUUUACACAGUUCAGACACUCAAAUAUACAAAAUCAAAACAAGAAAAAAAAUCUGUUUUUUGUUUGUAUAUUGGAUAAAACAUAUUUUUCAGCCAAUUAAAGUGAAUUUUCCUCCCAAAUACGGAGCAACUUGAGUUUAGAUUUGAGAUGAUUACCUUAUUGUUCUCUUUUGAGUCUGUAAACAAGCCAUCUCUUUAGUGUACAGAUGAACAAUUAGGAGUGAUAUGUCAUGAGGUGGAUGUGGUAUAAAUAGGACACUCUUGCAAUUUUAAUUCAACAAAAGUUUUAAAAUGUACAUUUCUAAAUAUUUUGAGACGUUUACCAUUAAAACAGUUGCCCCUCAACAUCUUGCUCAUUCUGGUCAUACAGUUGAGUUAAGUAGCAAACCAAAGAGUCAACUCAGCUCCCAGCUGUCAAAAAUGCAAACGAAUCUCUCACUAAGCCACCACUGCCGUGCUUUGCCCAGGGGACGAGGAAGUGGAUGCUUCGUUAUGAUUGCUUGCUGCAUGUAAAUAUUCACAUGUGUUCGUAUGAUGAUGGGCAUGCUCAGUGAAUGUGUUGAUUGUGGAGCAUCCCGUCUUAAAUGUGGUUUUAAACGUAAAUGUUCUCAUGGGUGUUUUUCCUUUAGUUUUGUUUUGCGUGGUAGUUUAUUUUAACCCCGUUUUACGUUGAGGUUUUAAUGCGAGUCGAAGGUGCAUGGGUCGUCAUGCAGCUUCGACGUGUUUGUACAUCACUGUGGGGUCUGGGUGUGUAAUGUCCAGCAUCCAUGAGGGGGAACGAGACCCCCAUGGAUGGGAACUAAUGAUGUGGGUGAAUGUUGGGAUGUGUGGAAAUGGGGCAUGAUUUAUUUUUUUUUGGGGGGGGGGGGGGGUUAAAAUGGUGGAAGAAAGUAUUUUAAAGUACAAUAUUAUAUAAUCUGUAAACUAAUAUUUGCUGGUUUUCUAUGAUGAUUUUAUGCAUUUUGUUUUUCUAAUUAAGCAUGUCAUGUUGAAGGCUUUGUGUCCACCAGGUGGCAGUCUCAUUCCUCUGCAGAUUUCUAGCAUACAGAUUGCAGUAUGAAAUUUUACUGAAGCUGAUUCUGAAGGCAUAAUUGUCUUCUUUUAAUAAGAAUUCACUUCAGAUCUUUUUUUUCACGUUGUAUACAUAAUCAAGUGUCAAAACAAAACUUUCCACACAAUCAGUCCCAGCAUUAUAGCAAAAAGUACAGGGAUCCUGUGAAACAGGCUGUAAUCCAUGUUUUCCGUCUCAUCAUCUCCUGCUGUAUAAUUCUUGUUUUGUAACUAAUGUUAACAAAUCUUCUGAACACAAUUUAUUUUUAAAAUGUUCUAUUAAUACCUAUAUUUUUCAGUCCUUGCAUUUUCACAGCUUUUCAUUUCUAAACACAGUGGGCAUUCGAAAUACACAAAUUUCGUCAGACUUCUUAAUUUUGUUGUUUGCGAGGUUUUGUUUUGCAGAUACAUUUUCUAUACUAUAAGAAUUUUAAUAUUUUAUUAUAUUUUUAUACAUCAUUAUGUGUCAGUUUUACCUAUUUUUAUUUGGUCUCAGCCAAAAAACUGUAAAUAGCUGUUGGUUAGAAUGGAAUAACCUCAACAUUUUUCUUGAGGAAUGAUAGAAAUAAUUCUACACUUGUGAAAUAGUUGAACAGUAAAUAAUCAAAGUAACAGACAGAAAGCAAAUGCCACCAGGAGGUUUCUGUAUAUUUCUCAGAAGUCAAAGUUUAUUUAAUAUAAAUGGAAAAGAUUAAUACUUACAUUUAAAAACUGAAGGAUUGUUACUGAAAUUACCAAUGAUUAACUGAAUGGGACUAGAAAAUAAACAUUCAAAAUACAAACAUGGAAACAGAAUAAAACCUAAGAAUCAUUAGCUUAUAGAUUCUCAGAAACCUAAAGUAAAGAUUUUAUUGCCAACUUCUGAUUUUAAUAACUAACUUUAACCUGAAAUAGGAUGGGACUUUAGGAAAUGAAAUGUUUUCAGACCCACUUUGGAUUCACUCAACUUCUUGAGCCUCAAGAUAGAACCUGUGUGCCUCGGAAUCUGCUUCGACUAGGCCAGUGGCCGAGUUGAUCCGGAAAAAAAUUAACAUGGAUAGAAAUUUUAAUAAAAAUACUUUGGGUAACAAAAUUUUUGUUUUUUUCCUGGUCUGAAUAAAUAUGGAAAAAAAUAAUAACUUUUGUCUUUCCAGACUACAUUUAUUAAUGCUUUUUGAAAUAUGGCAUUAUUACUUUUAAAUUGUUUUUAAAAAUAUAAGUUGCAUAUUGAAAACAGACAUUCAAGUGUCAGGUCAUGCACUAAAACACUUACCUUUUCUACAAACAUUAAUAAAAGAAGAGUUACCCAACGGACACAAAGCCUUUCAACAGAUUUGGACCUCAUGGGAAUCUAGUACUGAAUGUGCUAGCCAUGUUAGUGAACUAAUGUUAGGCUAGCAUUAAUGCGAGCCCUGAUAGGUGGAGAAAAUCUCAACAUAAUCAAAACUUUCACUUUCAAGUGGGCUAACAGAAAAGUCAACUUCCAUGUUAUUACAGUAAUCUUUUAGAAGAUAAAAUCCUGCCUCUGAUUUUUUCUGCUAGCUAACUAAGCUAGCUAAUAUGCUAACAGAGUACAUGUUUUCUUUUUUUUUUAAAGAGAACUAAAGCUGCAAGUUAGGCUAAGCCACUCUGUUCUCUCCUCUGAGAAAUGUCACUGCUAAGAAUAGAUUAAUAAAAAUAAUAUAUCUUU